AUGUCUCAUAGAGUUAUCACGAGUCGGAGCCGUGGAGACGUUGUCGGAACCACCUCGGAGGACAGCUGCGACUUUGCCUGGGAAUACUGUGAUCCAAUACUCUCGGCUUCGUCUAAGUACUUCAUGACUGGCUAUACUGGCGUAAAGUCAAAGAACUAUGCUACGCCUCCCCAUCGGUUCAUCCCUCGGCAGUCAACUACAUUCGCUAUGUACUGUACUCUCGCUCUCAUAUCUCUCUAUCUUGCCGCCGUUCGUGCCCAGCAGGUCGGUACAUCCAAGUCUGAGGUCCAUCCAGCUCUUCCCUGGUCCAAGUGCACCAAGUCCGGUGGCUGCGUCACCCAGUCCAAGGCAAGGUCGUGCUCGAUGCCAACUGGCGCUGGGUUCAUGGCACAUCUGGCUACACCAACUGCUACACCGGCCAGACCUGGGACAAGACACUCUGCCCCGACGGUGCAACAUGCGCCAAGAACUGUGCUCUUGAAGGCGCUGACUACCCGGCACCUACGCGCAAACAAGAAUGUUGGGUCUCGUGUGUACCUUAUGGCGUCCGACGACACGAAGUACGAGAUGUUCAAGCUGAAGAACCAGGAAUUCACUUUCGAUGUGGACGUAUCGCAGCUACCAUGCGGGCUGAAUGGAGCGCUGUACUUUGUGGAGAUGGACGCUGACGGUGGCACUGCGAGGUUCCCGAACAACAAGGCUGGUGCGAAGUACGGAACUGGGUACUGUGACGCUCAAUGCGCUCGGGACAUCAAGUUCAUUAACGGCGAGGGUAACGUCGUAGACUGGACUGGCUCGACGACCGACCCCAACUCCGGCAAGGGCAAGUACGGCUCAUGCUGUAACGAGAUGGACAUCUGGGAGGCCAACUCGAUUGCCAACGCAUACACCCCUCACCCUUGCACUCCUACCGGUCAGGCUCGCUGCGACAGCACGACCGCCCAGUGCGCCGACUACUGCGACCAGCCCGGAUGCGACUGGAACCCGUUCCGCAUGGGUGACAAGGACUUGUACGGACCAGGCAAAGUUGUCGACACCACCAAGAAGAUCACUGUCGUGACCCAGUUCAUUACCGACGACAAUACUGCCAACGGCAAGCUCGUGGAGAUUCGGCGUCUGUACGUGCAGAAUGGGCAGGUGAUCCAGAACACCAAGUCGACUAUCUCCGGUCUCACCCAAUACGACUCGAUCACUGAUGAGUUCUGCGCUGCGCAAAAGACGGUGUUCCAGGACACGAACGCAUACGCACAACACGGCGGUAUGGCUACGAUGGACAAGUCGUUCCAGAACGGACACGUACUGGUAAUGUCACUGUGGGACGACCACGCGGCGCACAUGCUCUGGCUUGACAGCAACUACCCUCUUGACCGACCGGCGACGCAAGUUGGUGUUCCUCGCGGUACGUGCGCGACGACAUCUGGAGACCCGAAGGACGUGGAGUCAGCUCGCCUAACGCAUCUGCUCUACCCAACCAACCCCACCACACCCAGCAGUAGCACCACUGCAUCCAAUCCUUCCCCGACUAGCCCAAGUGGUUCUGUUCCCCUGUACGGCCAGUGCGGCGGUAUCGGAUACAGUGGCCCUACUACCUGCGCUUCUGGCACUUGCAAGGUCAACAACGAGUACUACUCUCAGUGCCUCCCUUGA